UCACACUCUUGAACCACUCACAUCAAUUUCAACGCUCUCUCUCUCGUUACUAUUUUGUUGAUUUUGAGAGAGGAGAAACAAUUAUUAAAGAGAGUGAUAGUAGUAAUAAUAAUGGAGAAUCAUACUAACGAAGAAAUUCCAUCAGCACCAUCAACACCAGCCACACCAGGGACUCCAGGUGCACCUCUCUUCGGAGGUUUCAGAUCCACCAACAAUAAUGGUGGAGGUCUUAGUAGAAAAUCACUCCUCAAGAACUGCAAGUGUUUCAGCGUUGAAGAAUGGACCAUUGAAGAUGGUGCUUUACCCAAAGUCUCUUGCUCUUUGCCACCUCCUCCUGUUCCUCUUGCCAGAAAGGUGGGAGCUGAGUUCAUCGGAACGUUCAUUCUAAUGUUCGCCGGAACAGCGGCGGCGAUAGUAAACGAGAAGACAAAUGGAUCCGAGACUCUAAUUGGCUGUGCUGCCGUCACUGGCCUUGCUGUUAUGGUGAUCAUCCUCUCCACCGGACAUAUAUCCGGUGCUCAUCUUAACCCUGCUGUCACCAUCUCCUUUGCCGCUUUGAAGCACUUCCCAUGGAGGAAUGUGCCAAUGUAUAUUGGAGCACAGAUAUUGGCAUCAGUGUGUGCGGCAUUUGCACUGAAGGGAGUGUAUCAUCCAUUCAUGGGGGGAGGAGUGACGGUUCCUUCAGGAGGAUAUGGCCAAGCUUUUGCUUUAGAAUUCAUCAUCAGCUUCAAUCUCAUGUUUGUUGUCACUGCUGUCGCCACCGACACUAGAGCUGUUGGAGAGUUAGCGGGAAUCGCGGUGGGAGCCACUGUCAUGCUCAACAUACUCAUAGCCGGGCCAGCAUCAGGGGGAUCAAUGAACCCAGUAAGAACAUUAGGUCCAGCAAUUGCAGCAAAUAAUUACAAAGCAAUUUGGAUUUAUUUGAUCGCUCCAAUUCUUGGUGCACUUGGUGGUGCUGGUGCUUAUUCUGCUGUUAAACUUCCUAAUGAAGAUGAAAACCCUGAACUCAAGGCUCCUUCAAAUCAUGGAAGCUUCAGAAGGUGAUUAUUAGAAUAAUUGAUUAUUAGAAUCAACCACACCGGACAUAUAUCAACCACACAAGAUAUAUAUAAACUUAUAUGUAUCAUAUAUAUAAUAAAUAAUAUAUGUAAAAAAAAGUAUAUAUAUAUAUAUCGUGCAAAUUAGCAAAUGAGAAUAAUAAUAAUGUUUGCUAUAUAUGCAUAUAUAUUAUAUAUUAGAAUGUAAUGGUGUUUAGAUAUAUGGAUAGAAUUGGUUGGGUGAAAAUCCAAGAAAAAAAGUGAGUAUAAAUUUGGUUCUCUA